AUGAAAAUAAAAAAAAGCUUUUUUCAUUUUUUUUUUUUUUUUAUUUUUUAUUUUUUUUUUUUUUUUCAAAUUAUAACGUUAAAGCACUCUGUUGCAAAUUCCUUAAUUAUUUUGUUUAUUGUUUUGUCUUGGGAAAAAGUCAAAAUUUUGACUUUUCCUGCGGGCGUCAUAUUAAUUUUUUUGAGGUCAAAGAAGGUUGAUAAAAAGAGAAAAGCUGAAAAAGAAGCAGAUAGAAAAAAUGGUGAAGCAGAUGAUAAUCAAAAAUCAGAAGAAGAAAUGAUUCCAGGUUUAUUCUUACAAUUCAAAGGUGUUGGUAAUGGUUUGAACAAAGGUUGCUUUAAUUAA